AUGGAUUAUACUGAUAUACAACAGAUUGUGGUUAACCAGACACAGUAUGAUGCUUAUGAAACUAGUAGCAUGGAUUAUACUGAUAUACAACAGAUUGUGAUUAACCAGACACAGUAUGAUGCUUAUGAAACUAGUAGCAUGGAUUAUAUUGAUAUACAACAGAUUGUGAUUAACCAGACACAGUAUGAUGCUUAUGAAACUAGUAGCAUGGAUUAUACUGAUAUACAACAGAUUGUGAUUAACCAGACACAGUAUGAUGCUUAUGAAACUAGUAGCAUGGAUUAUACUGAUAUACAACAGAUUGUGAUUAACCAGACACAGUAUGAUGCUUAUGAAACUAGUAGCAUGGAUUAUACUGAUAUACAACAGAUUGUGAUUAACCAGACACAUUUUGAUGCUUAUGAAACUAGUAGCAUGGAUCAUACUGCUAUGUAA